CGUCGGUGCCCGACAGACGGCAGAGCUGCGGUCCAGAGGGUAGCUUAGCUGUGCUGUCUUUUACGUCGCUGGGACGCCAGCAAUGAGGGUGAAUGCAAAAAUAAAAUAGGCAGAAUUUCAAAACACCCUACUAGCACUAGGGUGAAAAAGGAGAGGAUAUAGCGCUCAAGCGACCGAUACUCUCCUCUUCUCUUCAGUUUGGCUUUCUACUGAGAAGGAGCGACAGAUUCCCCUGCAAACAUGGGUAACCAGGGGAUGGAGGAUCUGAUUCCUCUUGUCAACAAAAUGCAAGAUGCAUUCUCGGCCAUCGGACAAAAUGCCAAUCUGGACCUACCCCAGAUUGCCGUGGUGGGCGGACAGAGUGCAGGGAAAAGCUCGGUGUUGGAGAACUUCGUGGGCAAGGACUUCCUCCCUCGUGGAUCUGGCAUCGUCACCCGGCGACCCCUGGUCCUGCAGCUCAUCAACUGCCCCGCAGAGUAUGCAGAGUUUCUCCACUGCAAAGGGAAGAAGUUCACAGACUUUGUCGAGGUGCGACAUGAGAUCGAGGCGGAGACAGACCGCAUCACUGGGCAAAAUAAGGGCAUUUCUCCCGUGCCCAUCAACCUACGAGUCUACUCCCCCAAUGUGUUGAACCUGACUCUGGUGGACCUGCCGGGGAUGACCAAGGUGCCAGUGGGGGACCAGCCGGCCGACAUCGAGAAUCAGAUCAAGGAGAUGCUGAUGCAGUUCGUCACCAAGGACAACUGCCUGAUCCUGGCCGUCUCUCCAGCCAAUGCCGAUCUGGCCAACUCGGACGCCCUCAAGAUCGCCAAGGAGGUCGACCCACAGGGUCAGAGGACCAUUGGAGUGAUCACUAAGUUGGACCUGAUGGAUGAAGGAACUGAUGCUCGAGAGAUCCUGGAGAACAAGCUGCUACCGUUGCGAAGAGGUUACAUUGGCGUGGUGAACCGCAGUCAGGCCGACAUCGAUGGCAAGAAGGACCACGCUGCCAUGGCAGCCGAGAAGAAGUUCUUCAUGUCGCACCCCGGAUACAGGCACAUGGCCGAGCGCAUGGGGACUCCGUACCUGCAGAAAGCCCUCAACCAGCAACUGACCAAUCACAUCCGAGACACCCUGCCUGCUCUACGGUCCAAGCUGCAGAGCCAACUGCUAUCCAUUGAGAAGGAGGUGGAAGAGUACAAGCACUACAGGCCUGAUGACCCCUCACGCAAGACCAAAGCCCUGCUCCAGAUGGUGCAGCAGUUCUCAGUGGACUUUGAGAAGCGUAUUGAGGGCUCAGGGGAUCAGAUCGACACCGCCGAGCUCUCAGGAGGUGCCAGGAUCAACCGCAUCUUCCAUGAGCGUUUCCCCUUCGAGCUUGUCAAGAUGGAGUUUGAUGAGAAGGAGCUCCGUAAGGAGAUCAGCUAUGCCAUCAAGAACAUCCACGGCAUCAGGACCGGUCUCUUUACCCCAGAUCUGGCCUUUGAGGCCAUAGUGAAAAAGCAGAUCCAAAAGCUUCAGGUGCCCGUGCUCAAGUGCAUAGAUAUGGUGGUGAGCGAGCUAACGGCCACCAUACGAAAGUGUAGCGAUAAGCUUGCCCAGUACCCCAUGUUGAGGGAGGAGAUGGAGAGGAUUGUCACCCAGCACAUCAGAGAUCGCGAGAGCCGCACAAAAGAACAGGUGCUGCUGCUGAUUGACGUUGAGCUUUCCUACAUGAACACCAACCAUGAGGACUUCAUCGGGUUCGCCAAUGCCCAGCAGAGAAGCGCUCAGAAGGUCGGAGGAGGGAAGAAAGCUACUGGAAAUCAGCAAGAUGAGAUAAUGGUGAUCAGGAAGGGAUGGCUCACCAUCAACAACAUCGGCAUCAUGAAGGGCGGAGCCAAAGAGUACUGGUUCGUGAUGACCGCCGAGUCCCUGUCCUGGUACAAGGAUGAUGAGGAGAAAGAGAAGAAGUACAUGCUCCAGGUGGACAACCUGAAGCUGCGUGAUGUGGAUGCUGGAUUCAUGUCCAGGAAACACAUCUUUGCCCUCUUCAACACUGAGCAGAGGAAUGUGUAUAAGGACUACCGGCAGCUGGAGCUGGCCUGUGAGACCCAGGAGGACCUGGACGGCUGGAAGGCAUCGUUCCUGCGCGCCGGCGUAUACCCAGAGCGUGCCUCUGACAAGGAAGGAAAGGGUGACGCCUCGGAUGAGAAUGGCUCGGACAACUUCAUGAGCUCCAUGGACCCUCAGCUGGAGCGUCAGGUGGAGACCAUCCGCAGCCUGGUGGACUCCUACAUGGGCAUCGUCAACAAGACCGUCCGCGACCUCAUCCCCAAGACCAUCAUGCACCUGAUGGUCAACAAUACUAAGGAGUACAUCAACGCGGAGCUGCUGGCGCAGCUGUACUCGUGCGGGGACCAGAACUCGCUGAUGGAGGAGUCGCAGGAGCAGGCGCAGCACCGCGACGAGAUGCUGCGCAUGUACCACGCGCUGCGCGAGGCCCUCAACAUCAUCGGCGACAUCAGCACCACCACCAUCACCACCGCCAUGCCACCGCCCGUCGACGACUCCUGGCUGCAGGUGCAGAGGGGAGGAUCCGGCGGCAGGUCCCCUGCCACCAGUCCCACUCCCCAGAGACGAGGGCCUCCUCCUGGGCCCCCAGCGCGGCCAGGCUCACGGGGCUCUGCGCCGGGACCCCCCCCUGGAGGCCCCCCCAUCCCCUCGCGCCCGGGGGCCUCACCUGACCCGGGGGCCCCGAUGGUGCCCUCGCGCCCCAACCGCGCACCCCCCGGCGUGCCCAGAAUUACUAUCAGUGACCAGUGAGGACUAACACUUCUGCGGAAAAUGAGACUUGCAUCAAACUCCAGAAAAUACAACCCCCCCUUCCAAAAAAAAGAAAGAAAACAAAACAGACCCCCCCCCCCCUACCCCCACCCCACCAGCACAACCAACCAGCCACUCACACGUGGAGAGAAAGGAAGGACUGAAUGACAAUAAUGAAGAGAGAGGAGACUCAGGGCCAACCAUGCUCUCCAUGCAUGCAUGUCUAAUGACUAAGAGUGAAAGAUGACGACGAUGAUGAUGAUGAUGAUGAUGACGAAGGGGAAUGGAGGAAGAGGAAGAGGAGGAGGAGGAGGAGGUUGGCAGUGCUGACAGGACCCCUUGCUGCACUUACAGGAUGAUCCAGAAGGUUCCAUCUGCUCUUAAUGCCGCCUUGGCGAUCCCACUCCCUCCUAUCUUCUGCUCACUCCCUAUUGGCUCUCUGUAGGUGCUCUCUCUGACACUGUGAUGACCUCUGACCCCCACCUUCCCCCAUGUUAGUGAUACAGCAGUGAGCACCAGUAGGCAUUUCAGCCCAGUGCUCGCACACCCUAGUGAUCCGUGCUUGUCAGGUCUAGAACGGUCUCUGCCUCUUGUUUCCUAAAUUUGGCAUGCUAUGUCCUAAUCCCCAAUCCCAAUCCUAAAGUUAGGUCUAGAGCCGUCUCUGCCUCUCUGUACCCUGGAUUUGACAAGCUACGUCCCAAAUCCCAAUCCCCCUCGUAGGGUUAGGUCUAGACCUAUCUCUGCCUCUUGUUCCCUAGAAUUGGCAUGCUCUCUCCCAAUCCCUUUUAGUGCUCUAGGGCUCAGACCAAGUGCUCAUCCAACCCAGGUGACUUGUGUGUUCACCUCUGCUCCUAUCUCUUCAAACGUCAUAUCUACAUUGUAGCAAAAAACAGUUCACUUAGUGAGGCGGGAUCUACUUAGAAUGUGCAAUAUUUAUCUCUAGUGGACAGGUCGUCUUUGAGACCUGUGCACGACACUCAUACACCAGACACAUUUUAGAUGACCUGAACUGAGUAGAGUUCAACACACUAGUCACCAGCGAAUUUCUAGGGCACAACUGACACUUUUGAGAGGAGAGAGUUGCUAAUAGAUGGCGUCUGCUGGUGAAUUUUAGAAAAUAAAUAGAUAAAUAAAAAAAUACAUUAAAAAAAAACUCUGCUUGUGAGUAAUGUUGACUAAUGAAAUCAGGGGUUUAGAGUAAAAUGACUAAAGCUCUUCUGGCUCAUGCCGUGCACACCCCUCCACUGUAUCGUUUGUUCUGUUGAUCUGAAAUACAGGAGACCUCCCCUACGGGCAUCUAUGUCUUUUGUGGUUUUGCUGUGGUAGACUCUGUAAUUGUUUGUUUAGCAUGGCACCCCCCCUCCCGAUAUGGCCCUAACCAAAACCUAGUGCAGGGCACUCUAUUUGUGCGUUCGAACCCUCCUCUUCUCCUUGAAGUCCCAUCCCAAGAGACUUACCUUUGACCCUGAUCUCAGUGCUGCCCCCUAGCCCCAAGUCUCAGCAAUUGCAACUAGUAAAAAGAAAAGAUUUUAAGAGUAAAAUAGUUUAUCAUGGACAUAUCUUAAAUGUUACUUACGUAUGUUUGUGGUGCACCUGUGGUGGGUUCUGUACUUCCACUGUUUAGACACUAGUUGACAUGUAAGAUUAAUGACUAUUCAGCUGUUAUGGAUAAUUUAUGAGUAACUAUGACAUUAAAUUACUGAUAUUUAAUGAAAAUGAAACAUCUGAAAAGGGAAAAUUAAUUGUGAUGUGAUAAUGUGAUAAGAAUUAAAGAAGAAAAAUUUGUUUUUCCUGUCAGUUGUGUAGUUGGCAGUGACUGGUUUUGAUUGACUGACCGAGUGUGUGACAUGCAGGUGAUUCACUGAAGACAGCUGAACGAGUGUGUGUGUGUGUGUGUGUGUGUGUGUGUGUGUGUGCGUGUGUGUGUGCGUGUAUGUGUGUGUGCGCGUAAAUUACUCUGUCCUGCUGUGAUACGUCCUGUGUUUCACUGCUGUGGGUUGAGCGAGUUUCUCAAGCAGGACUGCCUGUGCUUGAAGGAGAAAUUAAAAUACGUGUUCUUAAACCAAA